CACCCCUCUCUUUUCUGUCUGCAGGAAAGUGAGGAUGGCAUCGAAGGAGAUGCCGUGCUCUCUGACUAUGAAAGCGCCGAGGACUCGGAGGUAGAGGAAGAGGAUUACAGCGAGGAAGAAAGCUCCAAGGUGGAGCUGAAGCAGGACAGCAACGAUUCCUGCGAGUUGGCGGCCAGAGGGGAGAAGGGGAAUGAGAAGGUGGAUCCCAAGGGAGCCGUGACGGGCGAGCGGCAGAGCGGGGACGGGCAGGAGAGCACGGAGCCUGUGGAGAAGAAAGUUGGGAAGAAGGUUCCCAAGCACCUGGACGACGAUGAGGAUCGGAAGAACCCAGCGUACAUCCCACGCAAGGGGCUCUUUUUUGAGCAUGACCUCCGAGGGCAGACGCAGGAGGAGGAGGUCAGGCCGAAGGGUCGUCAGCGGAAGCUGUGGAAGGAUGAGGGGCGCUGGGAACACGACAAGUUCCGUGAGGAUGAGCAGGCCCCCAAGACCAGGCAGGAGCUGAUAGCUCUGUAUGGAUACGACAUCCGCUCAGCCCACAACCCCGACGACAUCAAACCCCGGAGGAUGCGCAAGCCACGGUUUGGCAGUCCCCCUCAGCGAGACCCUAACUGGUCCAACGAGAGGCCCCCCAAGCCCCCAAGGCACCAGAGUGCCAAGAGCCCCUCGGCUCCCCCACGGUCCUUCAACAGCCGCAGCUCUGCCAGCACUGGCAGGAUGCCCCCUGCCAGGAACUACCCAAGGAUGGGGGGCUACAAGGAGACUCGUCCAGGCUACCGGGCUUCAGAGGCGACUGUGCCACACCGGAACGGGGAGCAAGCCAAGCAGGAGAGUGGCUACCGCAGGAAGCGUGCAGAGCAGAGCCCGUCAAGGGACACGUCCCCUGAGCUGGAGGUGGCACAUGUCCAUGGCAGCCCUGGGAAGGAGGAGGGGGCUCUGGAAAACCAAGCCACAGCUGCUGACGCUGCGCAGCCGCCGGCGGACAGACCAGUGGAGAAGAAAUCUUAUUCCCGGGCAAGAAGGACCAGAGUCAAGGCUGGGGAGGCGGGGAAGCUGGCAGAGGAAGUGCCUGCUUCUGAGGGGCUGGCUCCUGUGAUUCCAACACCCACAGCAGCUGAGACCUCCCCCCCACCAGCCAAGAGCAACUGGGAGUCACCAGUGGAAUCCAGUGUGGAUGGACUUGAGCAGGAGAUGACGCAGAUGAACCUGACAGAGCAGAACUGGAGCCCGGGGCAGUCCCGGUUCAUCCCGCCUCGGGAGCUGAGGGGUAUUCCCAACCAUAUGCACGUGGGAACUGGGCCACCGCCGCAGUUUAACCGGAUGGAGGAGAUGGCAGUGCAGGGGAGCCGUGUCAAGCGCUACUCAUCACAGCGGCAGAGACCCCCCGUGCCAGAGCCCGCACCCCCCAUGCACAUCAGCAUUGUGGAAGGACACUACUACGACCCAUUACAAUUCCAGGGACCAAUCUACACCCACGGUGAGAACCCAGCCCCGCUGCCGCCCCAAGGGAUGAUUGUGCAGCCGGAGAUGCACCUCCCUCAUCCAGGUUUACACCCCCACCAGACGCCCCCUGCCAUGGCAAACCCCGGCCUGUACCCCCCACCAGUGUCCAUGCCCCCGGGCCAGCCCCCGCCACAGCAGCUGCUCACUCCGACUUACUUCUCCGCCCCUGGAGUGAUGAAUUUCGGGAAUCCUGGCUACCCCUACCCCCCUGGAGCUCUGCCCCCUCCGCCCCCUCCUCAUCUCUAUUCCAACACGCAGGCGCAGUCCCAGGUCUAUGGGGGGGUCACCUACUACAACACUGUCCAGCAGCAGGUGCAGCCCAAGCCCUCCCCGCCCCGCCGGACGUCCCAGCCUGUGACCAUCAAGCCGCCCCCUCCAGAGGACAGCAAAGGUGAAAAAUCAAAGGAGAGGAGCAACACGUAGGGGACACGGCCACAGGAAUCCCAGCACCAGACUCGGCCCCUCGGCGAGGAGGCAGCUGCUCCUUGGAAUGGCUCCUUCCCUUCCCUGCGCGGAGGUGAGGCAGCGGGACGAGACACCUGCACUGUGCUUCGGGCCAGGCACUUCCCCCGUGGCCCGAGCGGUGCCUUCCCAAAAUCCAUCUCGCUGCUGCCCACCCCCCUUCUCCCCUGCGCUGGGGCCGCCAAAGAACCACCCCCCGAGUCGGUCCUUGGCCACACUUCUCCCAACUUCUCCCCAUUACUAAACGUUCCCCACUCCCUCCUGGGGUGUCAAACUCCGCUGGCUUGAUCGUGGUCUCUGUUUUUAUUUAAGGAAUGAAGCAGCUCCUUCAGUAAAGCUGAUUUGUUUCUUUUGGGUA